AUGGGCGAAGAUGACGAAUCGGGGCCGCAGGCUGCACCGCUACAGCCGCAGCAAAUGCAGCAGCAGCCUCUAGCGUUGCAGCCACAGGAACUGCAGCUAAAGCCGCCAUUUACCCGCAGAGAAAAUGAAAUGCGCAGUGCAGUUGCUGCCAGAUCUAGCUGGGGUGAAAGCAGCCAAACAACUGCUACUUGCGAGGUUUUACCAAUUUCGUUGCAAUCUUCACGCCGACGAGCAAAUGCCCGAGAUAUCGAGAUGCGAGCGGCACAGUAUAUUGUCGCAGAUGAUUUGAACGGGCAGCCGCAAAAAACGAGCGGCUCGACGCAUGGCGGCACAGGAGUUGCGGGUCUGGUUUCGAAAUUUGCUCAGUUCUUCAAGACGCUAGUCAACGCCACGCAGCAGCUUGAUUACGAAGAGCGAGUGCGCGCUGCGCCACGUGUCGCGCAGCUUGUCAAGGUAAUUGCGCUGCGGCCAGGCUAUUUUAGACUGCAGGUUUUCUGUGCUACUUUCGCCAUUCGAUUUGACCGAGCAGAGAAUGAACCAGUACUGUUGGGCUGCGUUACUGCUCAGUCUCCGGAGGAAUGA